GGAAGUACACUUACAGAUUCGGACAGCAGUGUUGCACCAGGAUGAAUACAUGUUAACCUUUAGACAACCCAGCUCAUUAACAACUUGUUACUUUGGAAUAGUUCACUAAUGUAUUCGAGGGAGAAUGACAUCCAGUUUAAUAUUAGACUUGGAGACUCAGCAGCCGCAUCCUGCGAUGGAUAACGACAUCUCCUUUGGCCAGGACGGAGAGUGGGACAUCAGCCUGUUUGAUGAGCUGGACAACCUGGGAGAUGCAGAGGAGCUUUUUGAGUCACUGGAGCAUGCCGGCUUUGCCAGUGAAGCUCCUGACCUGUACUUUGAUAUCAGCCUGCCUUCCUGGAAUGAAGCAGACACAGGCAGCACCUGCACAGAUGGUGAGGUGAGUGUGAACUCUCUGUCACCAGCCCACACUCUGAGCUCUGUCCCCUCUCCUGCCUCAGUGGAAACCUUGUCACCAUGCUAUUUAUCAGAUGAAGCUCUGUCUCCACAGUCGCAGGCCUCUCCUGCCUCCAUCCACUCAGAGUCCAGCAGCUUUUCUGACGUCCCUCCACCCGCCAGGAGAGCCCCAAAGAGGACCAGCCAAACCACACGAGCCAAAUCCGCUCAGCCCGUGAAGAGGCCGAUCCAGCUUGGCCCAAAGGUUUCCAUCCAGCCCAAGCCGAUGAUCACAGCUGUGCCCCUGGCCCAUGCAGCAGCUCCCCUGCAGGCUAAGACCAUCAUCAUCCAGCCACUGCAAGCUACUGUGAUGCCUGUGGUCAAACCAGCUCCAGUCAGCAUCCAGCCAGCGCCCCCUCCAGGACAUCCCGUGCUGCUGUCUCAGCCAGGUCAGGUGCUGCAGAUCCAGACACCACAGGCUGUCACGGGCCAUGUCUUCACAAUGCCAGCGCUGAGCCAGGACAGGCCCGCCCCCGUCACAGCGCCGCCAAUGGUCUCCGUCACACUCCGAAACCCUUCAUCAGACGAUGAUUCAAAGGUGUCACAGAGGCAGCAGCGGAUGAUAAAGAACCGUGAGUCAGCAUCUCUGUCUCGGAAGAAGAAAAAGGAGUACCUGCUGACGCUUGAGGCACGCCUGAAGCUGGCACUAUCUGAGAAUGAGGUGCUCAAACACGAGAACGGCAGUCUCAAGAGACAACUGGAGGGCUUGUUGAGUGAGAACACAGCCCUGAAGACAUCGCCCCCCAAGAGGAGGGCUGUGUGUCUUAUGGUGGUUUUGGUCUUCCUCAUGCUCAACGCUGGACCAAUGAGUCUGUUCCAGGGCAGCCCAGGCUCCAAGCCCCAUGUUGGCUCCUUGCAGCACAGCGGCAGACACCUGUUGGGCUUCUCCCCAGACGCGGAAACCACAGCUGAGGUGGGCCCCGAGCCCCUUGGCAGCGAUCCCCCUCAGAUGGACGACAGCUCUGAAGAUAAAGCCCUGGUGGUGGUUAAGGAUCCUGGCUUCCUCAGACCCCCUCCCCCCUGCCAGCCUCCCAUCAACAGGACCAAGUGCAUAGAGUUGGCUCAUGAGCUGAGGGGCUGGGUCCACCGUUAUGAAGUGGAGAAGACCAAAUCCAGGCGUAUGAGUAACAGCCACCACAAACCCACCAGGACCAUCCUGAAAACGGAGGAUAAGGAGGCUGACAGAGCCCAGAUUGUGACAGUCCAAUACACAGAAACCGCUGAGGAAAAGAGUCCUGGCAGUGAGCUGCAAGUGUACUACGCACCUCACCGAACCUAUAGUGACUUCUUUGAUGAGCUCAAUCGUCGUGGUGACACCUUCUACGUGGUAUCUUUCCGCAGGGAUCAUCUUCUGCUUCCUGCCACCAGCCACAAUAAAGGAAGCCGACCCAAGAUGUCUGUGGUGUUGCCAGCCAUGAACAUAAACGACAGCAUAAUCAGAGACAAGGACUUCGAGGUGAUGAUGCAGAUUGACUGUGAAGUCACAGACACCAGGAUCCUGCACAUCAAGUCCUCCACCAUCCCACCACUGCUCCGGGUCAACCACACAGACACCCUCUACCAGCCCUCCCCGAGCGACGGCCAGGCCACGCCCCCCGUCGGGGUGCUCAUGGGCUCGGCAUAAUCACCAGCAGCACACGCACUCCCAGCAGCUCCACAACAAAACCUACUGAUGCAAACACGGAAGAUGGAACUUCAACUGCCACAUUUUCACAGAUUUCCUCACCUUUUUUAUUGGGCUGUCAUAUUUUAAAGCUGGUGAACUCUACACUUCAAAACAAGUUUAUCUUCUUGUGAUUUUGAUUUGAAUGAAUGUGGACUUACCUUAGCUGGAUGGGAGAAUACAGCCAUUACAACAAACACAAAGGUAGCUCAAAUUGUCAGCCACAUUCUUGAUCCCAGCUGAUAUCCGGAGGUUAGUCUGUAACAGGGCCUGAGAGCAGACGCUAGCUCCUUGUGUGGUAGCACUGACUUCUCCCCGUAACCCCAGACGCCCCACACAAGGGUAAUUGCUUAGCGGCAGGGGGCAGAGCAUUGAACCCUGAGUCACCCCGUCAUAACACAAAUACUUGAAGCUCUCUUCAAACCUGCCCGUUCUCUUUGGUUCUUAUUUUCUGGCCAAGCUUCAUCGUUCUACUCAAGAGUUGAUUGUGAACCUAAGAGCACCAUCACUGGAGACGUCAUACCUAACCCCAGCCCUAGCCUUAGAGACUAAGAGGCACCUUUGUGUGUGUGUGUGUGUGUGUGUGUGUGUGUGCGUGCGUGCGUGUGUGUGUGUGUGCGUGUGUAUCAGUUGUCAGAGAUUAAGCAAUUUCUGACUUGGUAGCUUAGCCAGAAAAUGAAAACAAUUUUGCUCUUGUUCCACUAUAAAUGAAGUUUAUCAAAGCUUUUGUUUGUCAGCUAGAAAAACAUACAAAAUUAAUUACAUGUUGUAAUUGAGGCAUAUACUCAGGAAGUCAGGUAAUCAGUGAGAGAUAGCAGCCUAACCACUAUUGUUGGUUGGGUUACCAUUUAUGUAUGGAUUUUAUGUGCUUUGUUUCCAGCAUUGUGUUAAUGAAGAGUUUUAGAUUUUAGUUUUGGGGUUUUCCUCUUUGCACUUUGCUUCACUUUUAUAUACAUGGAUAGAGAUAGAUAUGUAUUUAUUUGGAUUGUUAUGUGUUCAUUUUGCCAACCUCAGGAUUGGCAUACAGACCACAUAUAUCCACUGACAUGUCUAACAAAAAGAAAAAAAAAAAAAAAAAAAAGAGUUUAUUGCUUUUAACUGCCAUGAUUUUGCAUUGCAGAAUGCUUUUUUUCUAUUUGGCCUCAGAAAAUUCAUAUUGUAUAGAGCUUUUUCAUAGAACUUUGAGUAAAUGAUAAAAGGAAGCUAAUAUAUGUGUUGACUACAUAAAGAUUUCUUUAGUGUCAACUAAAGUGUCAAUUUUUUUUGAUAAAGUCUACAGAAUGCUUGCUGUUGGCUGAACAUGUAGACAUUAUGUCACUGAAAAAUUAGUUUUGUCAUUCUGUUGUUCCUUUUUGAAACUCUGACUGUUGUGUUCCAUCAGCUGAGCUCUAAAAGGCACAGCUUGGCAUGAGUAACCACUGAUGAGGCCAAAACAGGCUACCAGCCCCGACCUCUCCGUCCACGGGCCGAAAUGCACUUUUAUUAAAGUGCACUUAAACAAAAAUGCCUAUAGUGGAAAUGUAGUUCUCUGGGAAAACCUUUUUAAAAAUAAGUUAUGUUAUCUGAUUAUUUUGUACUAGUAUUUUUUUCCCAAAACUAUUAAAUUUGCACCCUAAGUGCACAACUUGCUAAAUGUUGUUAUUGCUUCCAUUUCCCAUUUCAUUUCCCCAUGUUACACUUUGGUAAUUUUGGUUAAUCAUUAGAAACUCAGUGAAAACCUUUUUGCUUAUACCAAAAGAUCCUUAUGCCUCAUCAGUUUCUAAAGUAUAACAAUUAUACUUCAGCUCUAUAGAUGCCCAUAAAAUUCGAAUCAUAGCAAAAUGCACCCAUCAAUUGUACGUUUUUUUUUAAGCAAGCCCUUGUGUGUAUUUGUUUUGUGUGAAAUCUAUUUGAUUCAAAGCAGUGUAAGACUUUUUACUGCAUCUUGGUGGACGAAUGAGGAAUACAAUUCAAACUUUCAUGUGAGGUUUUGCUUUUUUGUAUCGCAUUCAAAUGAGUCAAUAAAACACUGGAUUUACUUUAACUAUA